GACGACUGCUGGCUCCCAAUCCUCUUCUCUCCUCGAGUUCCGGCUUUUUCGGAUCGCACUACUAACCCUACCAUUUUACAGCAAAUCGCAUAGUCGCUUCGUUAUUGUGAGGACUCGUUAAUCCCAUCCCAUCCUCUGUCCGCCUCUGCCCUCACUAGUUAGCGCAAUGCGAUUCCUUACGCCAUGGAGCCUGUUCUUGUCGUCGCUGACGGUCUGUACUGCGGAGCCGAUCGCAAAGCCAGAAGCUAUACCGCAACAGUACACAAAUAAUGCACCUUUCUCUGGCGCCGUGUAUAUUGUGAAUCCAGAGGGACAGCAAGUUGUCGCACAAGAUCAGAAUUUGUGUCCAUCGUCCGCCUCAGUAAGCUGUAGUAAUGUCGACCACCCUAGUUGGUGUUGCCCGUCAAAUUACCAAUGCGCCGUUCCCGCCAACUCCAACGGAUUGAUUGGCUGUUGUCCAAACGGAAAUCAGUGUGGAGGAGUCGUCAACGUUGCGCAAAUCACUACUGUGACGGUAUAUCCUCAGCAGCAAACAGUCUACGCUGUGCCACCUCAGACCACGGUGUACCACCAGCCAAACCCUGCCCAAGGUGGCUUCUGCGCCACCGUCACUAUGAAUGGGCCCGACCUACCAAGAGCUGGACAGGGAUCAUGUGGCACAAUCUUGAUCGUUGCGGGAGCCCCAAGCUUGAAGGUGCUGAGCGCGGGUGCGGGCAUCGUUGCAUUCUUUAUGCAUUUUGCGUUAGGGAGAAUGUUCAACGGAGCAUAAUCAGAUAGACAGUAACCGCGAUUACGAUUUUACGAAUUACGAAUACAUGUACUUCGAU